AUGCUGACGUCCUUCAAACUUACACUUCUUCUUGUUUUCUUGACAGCUCUCCUAAUACACUCACUCAAAAACAUAGCUCAUGAAUACGCAGCGAAAGAGCUACUAUCCAAACAAAUGUCAGUUGAGAAGCCGAGAGUGCUCAUUAAUCAGAGUAGUGGGUUGCUGGAUGAGCUGAAUGUUGGCCUUCUGUACGCUGCGGCAGCAUAUUGUCACAAGCCAAAUUUGAAGAAAUGGAAUUGUAAAGACAGAUGUGUCGGAGAUGUGAUCGUUGAUACGAUAUUUCACGAUAGAAUUAAAGGGGCAUGUGGAUACGUGGGUAUACGACAGGAAGUUAAGGAGAUCAUUGUGGCUUUCAGAGGGAGUCUAGAUCUGAUGAAUUGGGUGUAUAAUUUACAAUUUGCUUCUUUGGAUUAUGAGUAUCCUGAUGCAGAUGGUGCUCUCGUUCACGGCGGAUUUUACGCAACUUACAAAACAGUCUCUGAUAUGCUUCUUUGGAAAAUUAACCAUCUCAUGGCGAUGGAAGACUCAAAGUAUGCAGGAUAUAACCUGAUAAUUUCUGGACACUCAUUGGGUGGUGCAUUGGCAACGUUGUUAGCUGUCGAUGUGAAAAGGAAUAUUUUAAAUCCAAUAUUGGACAAUAAAGCCAGUGGACAACCGUUCAAAAUGAAAGUGAUAACGUUUGGACAGCCACGUGUCGGCAAUGAUAUCUUUGCUUAUAUUUUAAAGCAAGAAUUUUAUGUAAAGACUGGCGGACUCAAUCACACCGUAGCAAGGCUGGUGCAUAAAAACGAUCUGGUUGCUCAUCUACCGCCAGUUAACGUUGGAUUCAUGCACAAUAGUCACGAGAUAUGGGUGAAAAACAAUAAGGAGGCCUAUGAUUGUGAAGAUUUUGAAGGCAGAGAAGUCGAUUGUGCUGACUGUACAUUAACUUACGAUAUGACUGUACAUUUAUAUAUCUGGGAUAUUCACUUUGGGCCAUUUUGUUAA